GUGACACUUUUCAAUGAGCCAACUCAACAAUCUCGCAUUUAGUUGAACCAUUCUGAGCUCAUCAACAUUUUACAAGUACAAACGACUUUUAAAGCAAGAUCCUUGUACAGUUUGGUUCUAGAAUCUGGACACAUCAUGGUUACGGUACACAACGUCCAGUAUAAAAAGAUAUUGAGUUUUGGUGGCCUCAUUUGCGUGUUCUUCAUAAUGACUAGAUACUAUUUGACCCAAGAUGAGAUCAUGCCGAAUCCGCGUCUCAACGAAGUACAGUUAAUUCAAGAAACCGCUCAGGAGGCAGACAAACUUCCCGCUUUAGAAGAGAUAUCAGGAGGGAAAACGAACUUUGAGAAGGACAAUUUGAAUGCGGAAAUAAAAGAUUUAAGUUUAGAGGUAUCGAAUGAGUUAAAUUCAGAGCCCCCCUCGCAAGCCUGGGUCUUCAAUCAGUUACGUAAGACUAUGUCAUGGUUGGAUUGGAAGUACAGCCCUCCAAAUGAUUGGGAGAGGUGUAGUCUGAGGACAUAUUACUUCCACAAGAUAAAAACCAUUUUCACGGGUGUCCCUAAAACUGGCUGCUCGACUUGGCUCAUGGCACUGUUACACGCGGAGGGAGAAAUGAUGGGUGAAACUGACCCUGAACGGGCGGAUACACUGUCUCAUGGCACUGUUUUUGCCCACCACAGGAUCAAGGGAAUGGUUGAGGCGCAUGGAAAGUCCGUUGUUAAUGGAGCGUACAGCUUUGCUGUGGUCAGAAAUCCCUGGACCAGACUCGUGUCAGGAUAUCGGGAUCUGUUUUAUGGCGAGAAAAAGAACGAGCAAUACCGAGCAAUCGGGAUUCAUAUUGUCCGGGAAAUGAGAGGCAUAACAGAUCCGGAGCGUCUUCAAGAUCUUCACCCGACAUUUGCUGAUUAUGCGAAGUGGUUGGUAAAAAAGGGUUCCCACCACCACGACCGUUACUUUUAUCCACAAGUUAUUGACUUGUGCAUACCACAUGCCAUGUAUGAUUUCAUCAUUCCUCUUGAACAUUCUGAAGUUUUGAGUAAAAAAGUUUUGAGUGCUAUAAAUCUUCAUGGCACCUAUCUUUUGGGUUCUUAUGAUAAGUCGUCCGACCCUCGUUAUCAGAAAUCAACGCUGCAUGCCAAGGAGUGGUUAUCCUUACUGGACUCUGAUGUAACAGAUAGAUUGUAUAGUUUUUACAAAGCAGACUUCAUGUUAAUGAACUAUAGCAAUUUCACUCAUCCAGAUUUUCCUCUUCCUUUGCAUGGCAAUUAAAAUUUGAUUUACAAUUUAAUUUAAAGUUUAAAACUGU